CAAAAUGUGUAUAAAUGUGCAAAUUUAUUUAUUUUCUAAUCAAAUAAUUAAAUUUCGCUUGCGUGUUUAUAUAAACAAAUUAGUUUAGAACUUAGACGUGUGUGUUCUCCGAUCAGACAAAAAAGAUUCAUACUUUGGUUUGAUUGGUGGACAAAAGAAAAAGAUAAAAGAUUCUUCUUUAUAUAAGACUGGGUAGUCCUCGGCGAUCAAAAAGAAAUCAUAUCCACGUCACCAUUCGCCGGCAAAAAUCCAAAAAACCGGCCUUGACGAUGACAUCAGUCGCCGUUCCCCUUCUCGUUCUCUUGCUCUCGUUGAUUGCCGUCUCCGCCGCAAGACAAGGACCCGAUGAUAUCAUCAAACUUCCGUCGCAAGCUUCUAUGUUCUUCCGUCCUGCUGAUGACGACAACGAUUCUUCUGCCGGUACUAGGUGGGCUGUCCUUGUCGCCGGAUCCAACGGAUAUUGGAAUUACAGGCACCAGGCCGAUAUUUGCCAUGCUUAUCAACUUCUGAGGAAAGGUGGAGUGAAAGAGGAUAAUAUUGUGGUUUUCAUGUAUGAUGAUAUUGCAAAUAAUGAAGAGAAUCCAAGGCGUGGGAUCAUUAUCAACAGCCCUCAUGGGAAGGAUGUCUAUCAAGGAGUUCCCAAGGAUUACACUGGAGAUGAUGUUACUGUUGAUAAUCUAUUUGCUGUUAUCCUUGGAAACAAAACUGCCACUAAAGGGGGAAGUGGGAAGGUUGUGGAUAGCGGUCCAAAUGAUCAUAUCUUCAUAUUCUACAGCGACCACGGUGGUCCUGGAGUUCUCGGGAUGCCGACUUCUCCAUACCUAUAUGCAAAUGAUCUUAAUGAUGUCUUGAAGAAAAAACAUGCUUCCGGAACCUAUAAAAGCUUGGUGUUUUAUCUCGAGGCUUGUGAAUCUGGAAGUAUCUUUGAAGGGCUUCUUGAAGAGGGUUUAAACAUCUACGCUACAACUGCAUCAAACGCAGUAGAAAGCAGUUGGGGUACCUAUUGCCCCGGAGAGGAUCCUAGUCUUCCACCGGAGUAUGAAACUUGUUUAGGUGACUUAUACAGCGUUUCUUGGAUGGAAGAUAGUGGUAUGCACAAUCUGCAAACUGAGACUCUGCGCCAACAAUAUGAACUUGUGAAAAGGAGAACUGCAGGUGUUGGGUCGGCUUACGGUUCUCAUGUCAUGCAAUAUGGCGAUGUAGGACUUAGCAAGGAUAAGCUCGACCUUUACAUGGGAACAAACCCUGCCAAUGACAAUUUCACUUUUGUGGAUGAGAAUUCACUGACGCCACCUUCAAGAGUUACAAACCAGCGUGACGCAGAUCUUGUCCAUUUCUGGGAUAAGUACCGAAAAGCACCAGAAGGUUCCACAAGAAAAACAGAAGCUCAGAAGCAAGUUCUUGAAGCCAUGUCUCACAGGCUUCAUGUUGACAACAGUGUGAAACUCGUCGGAAAACUCUUGUUUGGCAUUUCAGAAGGUCCUGAAGUGCUAAACAAAGUACGGUCUGCUGGGCAACCACUCGUCGAUGACUGGAACUGCCUUAAAAAUCUGGUGAGAGCUUUUGAGAGACACUGUGGAUCGCUGUCUCAGUACGGUAUUAAGCACAUGAGGUCCUUUGCAAACAUCUGCAACGCAGGGAUCCAAAUGGAGCAAAUGGAGGAGGCAUCUUCACAGGCUUGUACCACAAUCCCACCUGGUCCUUGGAGCUCUCUUCACCGCGGAUUCAGUGCCUAAAACCCUAAACCUUCUCAUUUGUAUAUGCUACCAAUCCCCAAAUAUUCCCGUUUCGAUUAUAAUGUUUGAAUCAUUAUUCUCUAUGUAUAUCUCAUUAGCAUUUCCCUCUUCAGUGUGUACUUUCCAAAUUAUCCUUUUCCCCUGUACAAAUGCGUGUAGUACUAUAGUUAAUGUAUAUAAGGUUUGUUUGUUAUAUAUUCUCCUUGUAAAUUCUGAAACUUUCGAUGGUUUUUGUAGCA